GGUUUACAACGGCCAUUCAUUUUGCACAUUUAGAAUUUGUUGACUUACAUUUGUCAUUACUUAGUUUACUGUCAUGAAAUAGUAUGUAGAGUUUAAAUGGUGAUUUUUCUCAUUCAUUUAGGUGGAUCAAAACUUACCUUUUCAGCACUGUUUUUAAUAAUUUCAUGAUCUCAUUAUGUCAUAAGUUAUGAAGAAGGAGAAGGCUACACUUGAUUUAUCAGUUUGUUAUUCAUGGCUUGAAUAUCAAAAGAUCAAUUACUAUAUCCGUACUUCAAAGAUGUCUAAAGAACCAGUUUAAUUGCAAUGACCCAUUAUAAAAAAAUAUAUUACUGUGUUGAUCUCCAAAAUAAUCUAUUUGUAGCUCCGAAAUCCCCAUACUAAUGUUGGAUUAUAAGGAUGCUUGGUUAAAAUUGCUUUGUGUAUUUUAAACACUAGCACCUUGUUCAUGUCAUCACUUGUCAGUUGAAGGAGUAUACCAACUGAUUUCGCACGAAAAUAAAGUAUACCAACUCAUAAUAUGCUAAGAAAUAGUUUUUUUUUCAUUGUCAGUCUACCUGUAUUUUCAUUUCAAGGAUGCAUUAUUUGUUGCUCCUACCAAUUGGUAAGAGCGGUGUGCUGCUACUUUGGGUAAUAUGGUAGGUGUAUCUGUUUGCUUGUGUUCUGUUUCGCUCUGACUGAUAGAGAAUUUGUUUGCUCUCGCGAGCUGCCAAUUAACACUUUGUCCAAUAUGUCUUGCAUAAGCACUCUGUUUGCAGCAAGCAAGCAGGUCCUAGUACACUGACACUACUCCACAAUCACAGAGACCUGACAGUAACCUAGAUGCACGUCCAAACCAAACAACUUUGAUUGAACUCCCAACAAACAACGUAUACACAAUGACCCCUGAAAUGCAGAGAUGUUACAUAGCUCAAUCUAGUUUGUUCAAAUCAUAUGCAAACAAUAGCAGAGUUUGUUGUACCACGAGAGCUAAAAACUCAGGGAUGUUACGCAACCAAAAAUGAUCUAUUUCAUUCGGCAAUUUUUUGUUACCCGCUCUGGAGCAAACAAGGAUUCAGGAGUGGUGCCUAAAGCCAAGAUUAAAAUGUAGAGCCGCGAAUGUACAAGGCGCCUGAAUGGUAUUACUAGUAUAUAUAUAUGUGUGUUAUGCUUGGCAGGCAACUUAUUAGCAACAUUGGAGCAUUGCAGUAUUGCAACUAAUAUUGGCCUUUGCUUGCGUGUGAAGCUCAGGCGGAGUCUUGCUCCUCAUUACAAGGUGUUCUGUUGGUGUGGAGUGCAAGCAUUUCCUGCUAUUCUAGGUUCACACACAAUCAUGAACUGCCUAAAAGGGAAAAAGAAGAAAAAACAUAUGCCGCCUGAAUAUGUUACUGAAUCCAUGAGAUUUUUAAUAGUAUGUUAGCAUCAUAUACUUCUGGAUGUUACUGAGCAUCACACUCAAUUUAGGAAGUCCUGGAAAUCUGUGCUAGAUGUUCUGGUUGCGUUGACCACGCAACUUGCUGCUGCUGUCAUGGAAAAAGUUCUUCCUUCUGCCUUCAGAAUUCAAAUAAUUAUAUCUACCUGCUGCUUACUGCUCAUAGUUCUUCUAAUAGAAAAAAUGACAGCAUAUUAAUUUCAGAUUUUUGUAGGUGGACAUAAUAAGGCGGCGCCUGGAUCACAUGCAGCUGAAGCUGCAUUGAACAAGCAACUGAACGACAAAGAACGUGUCGCAGCUGCGUUGGAAAAUUCAAACCUGCUGGACACACUCGAGGAGUGCUUGUCACCAAUGCUUGGUUGAGACCUGAAUUACAUCGGAAGCCUGUUCCAGACUACUGCAGAUUAAUUUUAUCCAAGAUACCCUUGGGUGUCGCAGGGCGUGUGCAUCAAUUUUGGUGCUCUGCACCUCUCAGUAAGCAUAUUGCUGCCGCCUCAGCUCUUUCUGUUUUCAUUUUUCUUGCAGAAACUGAGUGCUAUGAUUUUGUAUGUUCCGAUUGUACAUCGAGAGAUGAUGUGCUGAUCCUUGGCAUAACUGAAAAGAUGUCUGGUUACUCUUACCCUCGGUUAGAAAUGGCAUGUUUUCGUUACUCCUCGUGUUACGGAUUGACACAUUUACCCUUGGUUAUUAAUGGCAUGUUUUUGUUACUCCUUGUGUUUACGGAUUGACAUAAUUACCAUCUGAAGAAAUGCUUACCAUCCUACCCACCAAGCAUGCUUGGCAUGUUCUAGUGACUUGAAUGUAAUUGCAGCCUUUGCCUUGGUCUCAGAAUUAGAACGUCCACUCUCUUGUGGGAGUAUCCAUCCAUCCAUCCAUCCAUGAAUCUCUGAAGCUGUCAUGGCGAACCCUGGUUCUUCCUUGUAUGGUUUAACUGUCUUUACCCUGCUGGAAGUUUCUGUAGCAGAUGUCCAGGGGAGCGAACAACCGUGUGUCUCAACAUUAACCAUCUGACACAUGUCUGUCGGAGUGUCAGAUUGGUUGAAGUUUCAAAAUAAGUAUACUUUUAAAAAUGUCAUGGAAGGGUCACUGGAUGUCCAUCCAACUUGAAUCUUGCUUGUAUUAUGCAAACAUUUUACAGAAAUAGUACCCAGUGUUAGAUUUCGAUUGAAAGGGAGGGCGCUCCGUUAGAUGGUCAAAACUCCGAGAAUAGAAUGGCUUAAUACUGUUGACAUGAUUUUCAUGCUUUCAACUUGCAGGAAUUUGUUUGUCUAAGCCAAAUUAGUGCAUUGCUGAGGGAAAAUGGUCAGGGGGUUGAUAAAUGCUAACCCUUUGGUACAUGAGAAAAAAGAGUGGCGCACCAGACAUGCACCUGAAAGCACAGAUGAAAAUGCAGUCGAGCGCAUAGACUAGCUAGAAAUAUUUGAUAUCCCCUUUGUUGUUUUUCCUGUGUGUAUGUAGUGUAGCUCGCUUUCCUCCUAUGCCUUUUUUUAAUCUGGGUCCUCCUAUCAUAAUUAUUUUUUAUUCCUUAAUAUUCUCACAACAUAUUAGAGAUAUAAAGGACCCUGAGCACCCAUACACAUCGAAGAGCUUUAAUGUGGCAAUUGAAGACUCAGUCGAAAUCAGUGAUGAGCUUAGUCAUGUCAGGGUUACUUUCACCCCAACAGUGGAGCAUUGCAGUAUGGCUACUAUCAUUGGCCUUUGCUUAGGUGUGAAGGUCAUGCGGAGUUGCGGACUCUUCCUCCUCAUUACAAGGUAUGCUAUGGUCGUGGAAGGAAAAAUCAUCAUGACCUGCCUAAAAGGAAAAAUCAUGAGCUGCAUGAUUAUGUUACUAAAUCCAUGAAGUCUCGGAAAUAAUAUGUUAGUGUUGUUUACAAUUCAGGAUGUCCUGGAAAUAUGUGCUAGACCUUCUAUUUGUGUCAACCGCUUAACUUGCUGUUGCCAUCGCGGAACAAGUUUUUUUUUCUUUUGCCUUCAGAAUUCGAAUACUGCCUACCCCAACUUGCUUGGGAAAAAGGCUUUUAUGUUGUUGUUCAGAAUUCAAAUACUCCAAACUCACUUUGGAGACGGGGCAUUUACCAUAAUGUAAUUACCUUAAAGAUCUAUGCACAAUAAAUGCAAGAUACAACCCCGCCCAUACCACUUGUCCAUUGCAAAAUCACAAUCGGGACCUUGAAAACCCUGGUUCCCCUUCCCCCUUCCCCAAUAUCCAAUCCCCUCACCACAUCCUCGCCAGACCAAAUUCCACCGGUACGCAGGUCGCCGGUCUAGAGGAGGAGGAGGAGGAGGAGGAGGAGGAGGAGGAGGAGGAGGAGAAGGCGGCGAUGCGCGCUCCAAAGAGGCGUAGAUCUGUUCGAGUCGACGGCAAGCAAGUGCCACUGGGGGCUAGCAGCGGCAUGGAUCUGGAAAGCCUUGACGACCUGGACCUCAUAAGCCGUCUCCCCGACGAUCUGCUCGGCACCGUCGUCUCCCUCCUCCCCACCAAGGAAGGUGCCCGCACGCAGGCCCUUUCUCGCCGUUGGCGCCCACUCUGGCGCUCCACUAGUGCUCCGCUCAACCUUGUGGCGGAUAGUAGCCUCUCCGGGGACAACGCGCGCGUCGCGGUGGUCUCCAAGAUCCUCUCCGACCAUCCAGGCCCGACCCGCCACUUCUCCCUCCGCAUCAUCUCUGUCCACAGAUUUCCGGCGAAGGUCGCCCGCUGGUUCCGCUCCGAGGCGCUCAAUGGCCUCGAGGAGCUCAGUGUCACCAGCCAAAGGAUCGACCGCUACCAGGUGCCGCCACAUGUUCUGAACCGCUUCGUGCCUACGCUCCGCGUGCUCAUGCUCGACCACUGCAAAUUCCGUGACCUGGUCGCGCUGCCAAGUUUUUCGUAUCUCAAGCAGCUCAUCCUGUUUGAUGUCAUCAUCUCGGAGGAUUCUCUCCAAUGCAUGAUAUCCGGAUGCACUGCUUUGGAAAGCCUUUGGCUGCGCAACAGAUUUGGUCGCCUUUGCAUCAGUUCCCGGACUCUUAGGAGCAUCAAACUCUAUGCAUGUCGCGCAAAAGGAGCUGAGCUGGUCAUUGAGGAUGCCCCUUGCCUGGAGAGGUUGCUACCAAAUUGUCCAAAUGAUGGUCCGGCGACCAUCCGGGUGAUACAGGCUCCUAAAUUGAGAAUAUUGGGUUUUUUGUCUGAAGGCAUAUCCACACUCCACCUUGGCACCACCGUUUUUCAGAAAAUGGUUGCAGUCAGCUUGACAACCAAAAUGCUCACAAUGAAGAUUUUGGCUCUCAACUCAACUGGCGCUAAUCUGGAUGCCGUUAUUGACUUCCUCAAGUGCUUCCCUUGCUUAGAGAAGCUCUAUGUCGUUUUGCAGCCAAGAAAAGGUAUGAAUAACAGAAGGAGGGAAUCAAAAUUGUUAAAGUAUGACCCACUUCAUCCGAUUGAAUGCUUGGAAUUCCAUCUACAAAAAGUGGUGAUUAAGAAUUACGAUGGCGACAGGAGGCCAUGUGUUGACUAUGCCAAGUUCUUCGUUUUGAAUGCGAAAGUGUUGAAGCAAAUAGAAAUAGGGUAUCUUAACAAGGAAAGCGACAAAUGGAUGUGUGAUCAGCGUAAGCAGCUUCAGGUGGAGAAUAGAGCUUCUCGAGAUGCACAAAUUGAACUAAUAAGUGAUAGAUAUGCCAUUCCCGUGAACCAUGAGUAUACCCAUGAGUCAAUGGCUGAUCCUUUUGAAUAGAUCCUUGUAUGGAUGCUCCAAGUGUGUUACAUAGCCUUUGUGAUUCUCUGUAAAAUGAUCUGCUUCAUUCAGCAAUGGAGUGCUUUGUUACCACCCACUGUGGAGGAAGCCAUGAUUGCGGACAUAUGGUGCCUAAGCCUGAGAUUGAAACCCAGAGUUAUGAACUUAAAAGACAGAUGAAUGUUACUAGUCUUUAUGUGUUAUGCUUAGUUGGUACUGGUUUGUUUCUCUCUUGGUUUGCUAUCUUAUUGUAAGCUACCUGAAGGCAGCUAAUAUAUUUGUGUACCUAUCACCUGCUGUAAUGAGAAAAGGAGCCUUGCGUUAGUUA